AUGGAAUCUGUGAAAAUGGGUGGACAACAUGUACGAGUCAAAAUGGAUCAAUCGCAUGGGUAUAUUAUUUCAUACUGGAAGAAUACAACGGAGGGAUCAAAAGUUAUCACUGAAUAUAUUACCAAUCUAUUCAAUACUAAUGUAUCCGAUAUCUGGGCUUCAAACCAAUCUUUCCACAUGAUUGAAUGGGUGAACAGUAGACAAAAGACACCAUUAAAAAACGUUAGUUGGAGUGGCACCACAUCAUCGGAAGAAGAUAUGACAUAUAUUCUGAAAGACUGUCGUCCUAUCUCUCAAUUAAGAAUAUACCUAAUGCCUCCUUCAAACUUUCGAUUUUCUGAAAAGUUUCGGAAAAUCGAUUGCUUAGAUAUCUGGUAUGGAGAAUGGGUUACAAUUGACAAUCUGUUGACAAUGGAUGGAAUCGAUAUUAUUCUGCAAUCAUCUACUCUGACUAGUACUAAUUUGAAUGUCUUUCUGAAGCACUGGCUGGCUGGAGGGUGUCCUCGAUUGAAACUAUUCUGCGCCGAAACUGGUUCUCUGGAUAUCUUACAGGUACUUGAUGGUCUGAUGCGUAACGCCGUUUUUGUGGAGAACAGUCGUAACUACACCAGCCCGUUUGGAAACAGCAGAACCUUGUCAUUUGGAUAUGACAUUCAACGUGCGGAUGGUGUGACUGCUACAGUAUGCAAACAGGAAAAUGGAACCUUGGUUAUUGCAGUUUGGCCAGAGACCACUCAUAAUUAUAAUUAA